GAGAGGAGAGCAGCUAGAGGAGAGAGAUAGAAGGAGCUCAGUGUCUGGUUUCGGCGUUUUCCCUCCCCCCCCCCAACAAAAAGAAAUUAAAUAUCGUGACAGAGAAUCCACCAGAGUCGCGCGGCUCCGGUCGGCUGUGUUUUUUCGGGAGUGGGGGGGUCGGGUCACAGAUCUCCGAGGUUAUGAGCCGUCCGAAGCCGCGUCGGUGCGUCGCUGUCCAGGGUCCUGAGUGAGGCAGAGCCAGCGGGGGCGACCACGGAGCCUGACAACCCGUGUGUUGAAAAGCUCAGGAGCCAUGGAGUUGAGGGUGGGGAACAAGUACCGCCUCGGGAGGAAGAUAGGAAGCGGAUCCUUUGGAGAUAUUUACCUUGGUUCUAACAUCGCUACAGGAGAAGAAGUAGCCAUCAAACUGGAAUGUGUGAAAACCAAACAUCCACAGCUCCACAUCGAGAGCAAAUUCUACAAGAUGAUGCAGGGCGGAGUAGGAAUCCCGUCUAUUAAGUGGUGCGGAGCCGAAGGCGACUACAACGUGAUGGUGAUGGAGCUGCUGGGCCCCAGUCUGGAGGACCUGUUCAACUUCUGCUCCCGCAAGUUCAGUCUGAAGACCGUCCUGCUGCUGGCCGACCAGAUGAUCAGCAGGAUUGAAUACAUCCACUCCAAGAACUUCAUCCACAGAGACGUGAAGCCUGACAACUUCCUGAUGGGGCUCGGCAAGAAGGGCAACCUGGUCUACAUUAUCGACUUCGGCCUUGCCAAGAAAUACCGCGACGCCCGAACGCACCAGCACAUCCCCUACCGUGAGAAUAAGAACCUCACCGGCACCGCCCGCUAUGCCUCCAUCAACACCCAUCUGGGCAUCGAGCAGUCGAGGCGAGACGACCUGGAGUCUCUGGGCUACGUUCUCAUGUACUUCAACCUGGGCUCUCUGCCCUGGCAGGGGCUCAAGGCUGCCACCAAGAGGCAGAAGUAUGAACGUAUCAGUGAGAAGAAAAUGUCCACACCCAUCGAGGUGCUCUGCAAGGGAUACCCCUCUGAGUUCUCCACUUACCUGAAUUUGUGUCGCUCCCUGCGGUUCGACGACAAGCCAGACUACUCAUAUCUGAGGCAGCUCUUCAGGAACCUUUUCCACAGACAGGGCUUCUCCUACGACUACGUCUUUGACUGGAACAUGCUGAAGUUUGGCGCCAGCAGGACCGCAGAGGAUGGAGAGAGGGAGAGGAGGGAGGGAAAAGAGGGUGAGGAGCGAGCAGGAGGAGGCCAGAGAGGAGCCGGAGGUCGAGCUCCGCCGCCUGCUCCGAACCCCUCAGCAGCCAACAGAGUCAGGAACGAGGCAGACGCUGCUCCCUCGAACCCGGCCACGCGCGGCGUCCAGCAGUCAGGUAACCGCUCUCCUCAGGCGGGGAGAGCAGAGCGAGCCGAGCGAGAGAGGAAGGUGGCCAUGAGGCUUCAUCGCGGUGCACCCGCCAACGUCUCCUCCUCCGACCUCACUGCACGCCUCGACCAGUCACGCUUAACUGCAUCGCAGGUCAGUGUGCCGUUUGAACAUCUGGCAAAGUGAGUUUCUCCUGGCUGGCCUGCAGGUCAGUGGCAGCAGCUGCAGGGUAUCAAAGGGUACCCCUUACUUUUCAAAUGGAUGAAAGAAGACAUGAAUGAGUGGCGGAGGACAAGAGGAGCAGGGGGAGGCGUUGCGGGCCCUUAGGGUGGGGGGGGGGGGUCGAGGCCGUCCGUGUGUCUGUCAGUAUGCUGUGUGAACAGUGGUGACCAGGAAGAGCUGAAGGAACACUGAGACGAUAGAAACCAGCCGGUCAAACAAACAAACUCUUGGCUGGAACUGGUUGGAACUGCUUUUUCGGGAUGUGGCCGGAGGAGGGGAGGGGGGGGGGGGAUUGGGUCAAACAGGUCCCGCCCCUUCUUCACUCAUAUUCACCUGCCCAUCGACUGCAGAAAAAAAAAUCAAAGUGCACAAAAUGGACUACAUUUAAAUUAUUCUGUGGUUUACACCUGUGAUAUCAAACUGCUAAUGUUUCAGAGCUGCAUCCGCUGCUUGUGGUGUUCUUGAUUAUAAAUGAAUAUGUAAACAACUAUGGAGACAAACACAAAGUGUAUUCAGGCCGGUAACAGAUGAGAAAGGGAUCAAAGAGAGGAUCAGAUUUUAGAAGUUGGAACUUGGGGAUGGGAGCGAGGCGGGUUUUUGUAAAUUAGUGUCCGUGUCUGUCGGUGUGUUUCUGUCUUAAGCGUUCGUUUUGAUUUUGCAUUUCCCUUAAAGAGCCUGAGGGAUGGAGGAGGGAAGACUGACUGUUGAUGAGUUACCCACGAAUCAUAACAGAAGACUAGUCCCCAAUUAAAACUUCCUCUUCUUCAGCAAACCGUCUUACCUACGAGGAAAACAGGCUCAUUGAAUGUGUAAAGAGAAGGAAGAGGAGGGCGGGGAUGAAGGGGGAGAGCCAUGAGGAUUGUACGAUAUGAUAAAGCCUUAGUCCAGCUUGUAACUGUAUGAAAAGACUUGAGAAAGUUAUAAGAUCUUGGUGGUGAACAAGCCUGGUGUUUUUGUUCUUUACUUUUGCUAUUGUCACCCUUUGUUUUAUAAUACAUGUAAAAUGUGUAGAUACCUUUUGCCAGAAUAUGACAGAUUGUUUAAAGAUGGGGCUGGAGAGAAGAGUAAUGUUUACUUCCUGACAGUGCUGGGGAAAAUGUGAAACAGAUAUUUGUACCGCUAACCUUUAGAGUCUGCCAGAUGUGUGCGUUUUGAUUUCCCACUGUGGCAGACAAUGACAGAGAGGUUCUUGUUCCUAUUUCAACGAGUGUUUUGACCCAGGUUUGUCAGGAUGGACUGAUGGGAACGAGCUGUCGGAUGUCCUGUACAUUUCUUCUUUACCAUGCUUCAACUUUAUUACUAUGAUAUUUGUGUAUAUUUUCUGAAUCAAUAAAAGUAUACACAGCUUAUACAGAC